AUGAUCACCGGCGGGUCAUCCGGCAUCGGAUUCGCUAUCGCGGAGCGUUUCCUGCGCGAAGGCGCAUCGCGCGUCAUCCUAGUCGGUCGAUCGUUUGAUCGUCUAGCUGCUGCUGCUGCCCGGUUGGAGGCCCCGACAUUGACUGCUGGGGAGGACAGCAGUACUGACGAUGUGGCGACGCGCGCGCCGGAAGAGGAUCGUCAACUACGUUCGAGACAUACACCGACGGAACAAUUAUCGCCUGGGUCGUUGAUUGAGUCGUCGGAGCGUCUCCACCUGCUCGUCGGUGACGUCUCCGACGCUGGAUCUUGGGGUCGCGAGCUUGAAAAGGCAAUGCAACCCGUCGACAUCCUCGUCAACGCAGCCGGAAUCUCCAACUCCAACAUCCUCCCCCGCACCGAACCAUCAGACAUCUCGCAAGUCCUCCGCACAAACCUCGAAGGCGCCCUGCUCACCUCACGCGCGCUGGUCCGCGCCUCUAUCCGCAGCAGAGUGAAGACCCGAUCUGCAUCCACCCCGUCGGCGGACGCCCGUCCCCCUUCGAAAUGCAUCAUCAACGUGUCGUCCCUGCUGGCGCUGAAGGGCGGGACUGGUGCCGUUCCCUACGCGGCUUCCAAGGCUGGUGUCCUUGGACUUACGCGGUCGUUGGCUGUUGAGACGGCUGAGUCGUUGAAGGGUGUGUUUAUAAGGUCGAAUGCUAUUGUUCCGGGGUAUAUUGAGACGCCUAUGAUUGCUGAUUUCACUGAGAGCCAGACAUCCAAGCUCAAGGAGUCCAUCCCGCUUCGGCGGUUCGGUCGCCCCGAUGAAGUCGCCGAUGCGGCGGUGUUCCUGGCGCAUAACGAAUACGCGAAUAACUGCGUUCUGAACUUGGAUGGGGGGCUGAGCGCUGUUUGA